AUGUUGAGCAAGUUUAAUCCAUCCGCAUAUCCACACAAGCGUACGUUGGCCGAUAGUGGGCGGUACACUCGCGUAGAGUCGUCUCGUCUUCGCGUGCGAUCGGGUGCGACAGGGGCACGGGUGCUCGCGAUAGCGAAUCGUACACUCGCGCGGAGCCGCAAACACGGCUUGAUGCUUCACGGUGCGGGCGGGUUGCACGCGAGUGUACGCAACCGGCGCACGCGAUUGUACGCGCUCAGUGGCGCGGCGGCGACUGGUGGGGCGGCG